AGAAGAGUAGACGGAGAGAGCACAAUGCAAUGCUUGCAGAGUACGAUACGAGGAAGAGAGGAAUUAACACAGAUGAUAAUGAUUUAAUAGGCCAUGGAAAGUAUCCUAGCGGACGACAAACUGUCAGUUGCUGUAAUGCUUGUCAAUGUUCUGUGUUAAUCCAUUUUAUCCUCGUGUUAUCCAUUAUUCCUCUUAGUCUACAGCAUUUUUUAAUAACUGAACGAAUUGAUUAUGUUCACUGGUUUCUGUGCUCAGAAGCAAGCUCUUCGAAAAGGAUCCACCUAAAUUCGCCAUUUUUCCACUCCACCACACCCCGUCCGUUUUGAUCUAUAACGAAGUAAACAUCUUUCAUGGGAAAGGGUCGACUUCGGCCCGGGAGACGGGAAAUCGAGCAAACUGGAACUCAUGGAAUUGGAGAAUAUUGUUGCAAACACAGUUUAUUUAAAAGCAAGAGAAGGUGGAGCAGAUAGUAACAAAGGGAAGAGUAAAAAAUGGAAAAAAAUUCUUCAAUUCCCACACAUAUCACAAUGUAUUGAUCUUAAAAAUAAAAUAGAUGUAAAAUACAGCUACAUUGUUGAUCAACAGCCAAUCGGAAGACUGCUUUUCAGACAGUUCUGUGAAAACUACAAAUAUGCCUACCACAAGUACAAUGUGUUCCUUGACUCGAUCGAGCAAUACGAGGUUGCACAAGAUGAAAAGAGAGCGGAUAUGGCGGUGGCGUUAUUCCAGCGUUACAUGCAGAAAGAUAGCCCAAACGAGAUCGACAUACUCGGUGUGGAGGUAGUGGAGCAAUGCCGCGAUCGGCUGUCGUCGGGCAACCGCGAACUGUUCAACGAGUGCAGCUCGGCCGUCAAGAACUACCUGGCUGGCACUCCGUUCAACGAGUUCGAAUCCUCCAUGUACUUCCAUCGCUAUCUGCAGUGGAAAUGGCUCGAAAGCCAACCGGUGACGUACAAAACAUUCCGUAUGUACCGCGUGCUGGGCAAGGGGGGCUUCGGGGAGGUGUGCGCCUGCCAGGUGCGGGCCACUGGCAAGAUGUACGCCUGCAAGAAGCUCGAGAAGAAGCGCAUCAAGAAGCGCAAGGGAGAAGCCAUGGUGCUCAUCGAAAAGCAAAUCCUGCAGAAGAUCAACUCCAGAUUUGUGGUGAGCUUAGCAUAUGCCUAUGAGACGAAAGAUGCACUGUGCUUAGUGUUGACGAUUAUGAACGGUGGUGAUCUCAAGUUCCAUAUCUACAACAUGGGUGGCGAACCUGGCUUUGAUAUUAAUAGAUCGAGAUUCUACGCGGCUGAGGUGUUGUGUGGCCUGGAACAUCUGCACUAUCAGGGUCUUGUGUAUCGUGAUUGCAAGCCGGAGAACAUUCUACUGGAUGACACGGGUCAUGUUCGAAUCUCAGAUCUUGGUCUGGCUGUUGAAAUCCCCGAAGGCGACAUGGUGCGGGGGAGAGUGGGAACUGUUGGCUAUAUGGCUCCUGAGGUGAUUGAUAAUGAAAAAUACACAUUCAGUCCUGAUUGGUUCAGUUUCGGAUGUUUAAUUUAUGAGAUGAUAGAAGGGCAGGCCCCUUUUAGAGCAAGGAAAGAGAAGGUAAAGAGAGAAGAAGUCGACAGGAGAGUGAAAGAAGAUCAAGAAAAAUAUACGCACAAAUUCACUGAAGAGGCUAGAUCGUUAUGUAAACAGUUACUGAGGAAAUCGCCCAAGACGCGGCUAGGCUGUCACUGCGGCAGAUACGGUGCCAGGGAAAUAAAACAACUAGAUUUCUUCAAGUGCCUCAACUGGAAACGGCUGGAAGCGGGCAUGCUUGAGCCACCAUUCGUACCUGACCCUCAUGCUGUCUAUGCCAAGGACGUGCUGGACAUUGAGCAGUUUUCAACAGUGAAAGGAGUGAAUUUGGAUUCGAGUGACGAUUCCUUCUACAGCAGAUUCAAUACCGGCUCUGUCUCGAUACCUUGGCAGACUGAGAUGAUUGAAACAGAAUGUUACAAGGAAUUGAACGUGUACGGGCCUAACAAUAGUCGAUCGCAAGAUCUUGUCUUGGAUGCCGUUCCAGAGCCUGAGAAAAAAGGAUGCUUCCCAUUCAGAAGGAAGAAAAAGCAGAACUCUCGGGAUAGGCCGAUUCCAAUUGCCGAUCACUACUUGAAGCAAAACGCAAAAGUGGAAGAGGUGAACAGCUGAUGCAUGACUCUAGCAAAUUAGCUACUAGAUAGAUCUACCUGAAAUAAUUGAUUAUUUAUAGCAGCAGACAAACGAAAUCAAACAAUCAUGCCCAUCCCCAAGCAACGUUUCCAAUGUCAUCUCAUCAAUCAUGUUACCAUCAUCAUCAUCAUAAUCAUCAUCCUCAUGAUUAUCCUAAUCACCAUCAUACUCAUGAAACACGUGUAAUCAUUAUAUUUAAUAUCACAAUUACUGUUUAACUCACAAUCAACUAUCGGUGUAACCUGUAAUGCCUCUGUAGUGUGUUUAAGAAUAAUUGUAAGUAAUUCCUAGUGGUAGGAAUGGCUAGUCAAUUACUUUGUUGUUUUCUGCGGUGGAAAGUGGAAAAUUAGUGCACGGGGGAAAAUGCUGACAAAUGUUCACAGCGGAGAAAUUUUAAACUGCUAACAAGUUUUUCUCAUUGGAAAAUUGUCGCAAUGACGUUUGGUUUCUAUGUAUUCUGAGAAUCUAAGGCCCGGUUUCACAAAAGCCUGUUAAAUUUUUGUCAUGAUUGAAUUCCAAGAGUACCACCAAUCAGAAAAGGGUUUUCUAAGAUGAAGGCUUCACUGAUUGGCUCUCGUGGCAUUUAAUCGGGAUUAAAAGUUAACAUACUUUUCUUCAGAAGGUGUAGAAAAUAUUUGAACUUGAACCACUGACAAAUUUCACAGUGGAUGUCGGAAAAAUGUUUAAUGUUGACAAGUUUUUUCAGUGGAAAUUUUCGUCUAUUUCUCACGUUUUGUUUUUGUAAAUACUGAGAAUUGAACUGUUUUAUUCAUCUGAACUUGUAGAUGUGGUAACUCUUUCUGUUGUCUUCUAUGCUUUAUUUUCAAUGCAUUAUAUUGGACUAUGCUAUGUUGACUCAGUGUGUUGUGAUGAACCUAUUAGCCUAAAAUACCUUGAGGUUUGACAACGGUUAAAUUUACCACAUGUAAGUUAUUCAAAUGAUUCCAUUUUUAUAUCCAGUUGCUAUUUAUUCUUUCGUUGGAGACACAUAACCUGUUGAUAAAAAGUUCGAGAAGUGAUUUUAUCGAUAGUGAAACUCGGUUAUAUAUUUAUCUUUGUUACAAUCGAUUAGUUAUUACUUAUUGUAAUUAUAUUAUUGUGAUAAAUGUUUCCUUUCAAUAUGUACUGUAGACUUCGUUUAAGCGAGGACAAGCCUUCCUGUUCUAAUUUUGUAAGAGAAUCUUUUUGGAGGAUUAUUAUUAUUAUUUGUGAUCAAAUAAAUGAGUUUAUUGGUGAUGACUUAUAAAUGAGAAAAACUGAUUAUGAGCAAUGAAAAUAUCUCGCACAAAUUUAUACUUCGACUAGACUUGAAUACCCUUUAGUAGUCCAUUAGUACGGUAGUCAAUCAUCGUAAAUUUAUUUCAUUAUCAUACUUUCUAAAUUUAAAUAUCCAAUAAUUAUAGGUUUUAUUGUGUGUACAAAUUUGGCACAAGUCUCUUUCCACUGCAGAUAACAGGUUUGAUCUAGCCAAUCCUUUAAUCGCCCCUUUUAAAAUGCUCUUACUUGUACGUAUUUGAUAUAAAGUGUGCAGUCGGAAUUUGUAAGUACAUAUUCCUUCCACUGAAGCAUUUAUUCUUCCUGUAUUUUAUAUAGUAGAUUUGCCGUGGUUUGUGAACGGCGAAUUUUUUAAAACAUUUUAUCUCCUCUUCCAUUGAAUGGCGUAAACGUUACCUUUUCGAGCUGAAAGCAAUACUAAACUAUCUCAAUCCAAUUUGCAUGCAAUGUGAAGCUAUAUCUGAAAUCUAAUAUUCAAUUUUUACAAAUGAUUAAGUUUUGGAGUAGAAUUAUGUGACACUGAAAUUAGUUCCAUAUUUAAUUCAUAAUUUUCGAAUUUCAAUUUGUGUUAGGAUUCCACAAUUCAGCAUUUGUUCAAUCAUUCCAAGAAUUUAAUUAAUGAUAAUUUUCUAUGCCUCAUCUUGCAUUUUUUAAUACAAUACGAAUUAUCGCAAUAUAAUAUGAUUUUGUGAAGAGUUUUCUUGAAUACUACUCCUAAGAAAAAACUCUUUACAACAUUAUUUUUGUGUAGUAUUUCUUGAACUGUUUUAAUUUAUUGAAAGUAAAAUCGUAAAUGAUGAAAAUUUUCAUUCUCUUGGAGGAGAGUUUAUUAAGUCACGCCAACGAAAUAGUUGAAGUUGUGAUAGGAUUUAGAACAUACAAUUUGUGUAUUUAAUAUGUGACUAAGAUUAGCAAGUUUUCAAGUAUGUAUGUAUAGAAAAAUACUGGUCUGAUAUUAUAAUAGAGAUAGAUUCCACCCGUACUUGUCAAUAUACUAAUUUGAUACUCAAAUCACCACUUGAGUUACAGGGUUAUUCACAAAAUUACAAAAUUGUCCUCCUCAACCUCUGACGUUGAACUUCUAAAGAAAUCUUUCUAUUCGUCAUGGCUUGAGUGGAUAUCUUAAACUGUUCAUGCUUUUUAGUAAUAUUUUAACUAUUCGUUGCUUUUUAGAAAAUUUCCUUGACAUUCUUUUUUUGAACUUAUGUUGGACCGUUCAUAUUCUCUAAGAAGUCUAAAAAUGUAUGGAGGAAAAAUCCAACUUUCCAAGUAGAAGUUUCUUAUUUCUACAGUAUUAUACUAUGUAAUUUUUGUAUCUAUUGACUAAUUAUCAUUCUCAUGUAACAGUAUUUUAGUUGAAUACUCGCAAGUCACAAAAUAAUUGAGUCAUUAUGCAUGAAUUUGUCUCAAGGACUAUUUGGAAUUUAUAAUUUAAGUUAUUUUUAUUAGAAACAUAGUUUGUUUAAGAUUUUGAAAAUAUUUGCUCAUUUGUUAACUUCACUCCCAUCGAUCGGGAAAGUGAUAUUAUGAUUAUUGUGAACCUGAAACUGAGAACUAAUAAAUUUUAGAUUCAAAGCUUAGUGCAUCUUCAAAUAUGUAUUUUAGAGUGGACAACGAACUCCUACUACAGUGAGGCCCACUUUAUAAUGGCAGGAUUUGAUUAAUGGUGUUGCUAUCCUUGUCUAUCAUUUGACAAUGCAGAUAGCCCUAUCCUUUUCUAGCUCGUUUUUCAACAAUGAAGGAGUUUAAUUAAUUAGAAUAUCUAUUCUGAACAAUGAAGAUUCAUUAUUUAAUAAUUGAAAAAUACAUUUUAUUGACGAAUAAAAUAUAAUUCAUUAUUUUCAACUAUGAGUGAACAGUUGAUAAUAUCACAACAGAUACACCAAUAUCAGCUAUCCUGCUUCGAAGGUAGUGGUAACGGCAACGCUGUUCUCCUAUCUUUCUCCACUUCAUUAUAACGUGGACUACACUGUAGAACACUCAACUAGUCACUCUGUUCAAUUAAGAGGAACAAUAUUUCCUUUUGUUCAAAGAAGCAAUUUAUAUUUGUUCGAAAAGGAAGUUUGAAAUAAUUGUUCUAACUUCGAAAACACUUUGCUGUGAUUGUAAAAAUAUCGUAUGGGAUGAUUCUCAUUGUAAGAAAUAGAUAUAUCCUUUCUAAGAUUAAAUAUCUUUAAAAGUCUCUAUCCGUACAUUGAUUAGUUGUUUGAAAAUCAGAAAUAUUUAUACAAGUUUUGCAAAAUUAUCUUUGAAAAUGUGAACAGUUUCCUUGCAAUUUGCCAAUUUCCUAACAAUAAUAUAUAACACCUUGAACUACCUCCCUCAUCAUACAAGACGGUAUUUACAACUGUAGUGACUUCCACUCACAUUAGCAUUAUAAAAUUGGAAUGGAAGAAUUAAGCUGUAACGAAUUGACAGAAAAUAUCGAAUGAUAUUCUUGAAACUAGAGUUAUAAUGUAAAAGACUAGCUUUGAUUGAAGAGUUCUUUGUCUACUUGAACGAAUAUUUCCAUCACACCUCACUAUUAUCUUAUUUAGUUGUUUAUUAUUAUCUUCAUAUUGUUUUAGAAUCCAGUAUGUAAUUUUAAAACUGUAGGUUUAAUUAGCUAUUUAAUUAUUUAUUCAUUGAGAUGGGUACAUUCUAGAUUCUGUAAGGUAACCGCAUAACUCUUGGAACAUGUUAAUUGAAUGAAUCUAUAUUGAAAUGUAGAUCGUACAAAAGUUGAGAUUCGGAAGACUAGUUUCUAAGGAUAGAAAAGAGUUCUCUGUGAAGCUAUUUCCUAUAUUUUUAUAUGCGUAUAUUAUGUGAUGUUAAAUGAGUCCGAAGAUUUAACAGCGUGCCAAAAUUCCAUUGAAAUUUAUUCAUUAAAAGUAUUAAAUGCCAGCUAUUGCCAGACUUAUUUGAUAGAAUGGAGCACAAAUUGCUAAAUCUUGCACAAAGUUGAAAAUUUAGCACAUAAUGUUCAAUCUUGCACAAAGGCCAACGUUCAGCACAUAAUAUAACAGAAAAAACUUUUGAGAAGGUACUGUUCUAUAUAUUCUUAGAUGCUGCAUUAUUGUUGAAUAAUUUCAUGUAGAAACAAAACUUCAUAGUUAUAAAAUGUUUCAUUUUUAUUUACAUUAAUUUUCGUUGUAUUUCAUGCAAAAAGUUAUUUAGGCAUCGUAGCUGCUGUAAACAUAAUUAUGCAAACAAAUUUAUUUGAAAAAAUAUAAAAACAUGAAGUGCUCUUUCAUUUAAAACAUUUCAAACAGAAACUUUCCCUUAAAAGUGAAGUGAUUUUAUAUGCAAACAAUUAUACAAAUCGGAGUAAAUCUAAUUUGUGAUGACAUUCUUGGUAAACUUGAAAAAUAUAAGAGUCUUAACAAGGUACCUAGAAUCCUAGGUAUUGUAUUCUAGGUAUAUUGGGUCUUACUAAUUAAGAUUCUUCACUCAAAUAGUGUGCAUUAUUCCAACUAUCAUUUAUUUAGUUUGUUUUUUUUCUCCUCUUGCCUCAAAAUGCAUUUUUUUACUAAUGAAAGAACAGUAUUAGAGUUCUAUUAUUUUUUGUGAUCACUGCAAACUGAGAAUGUUAGAAAAUUAAAAAUGUUGUAAUUAUUCUAUUAGAUUUCAUAUAAUUUUAAUAUAAUUAUUAUAAUUUGUUGAGUGAUCUAUAUUUGCCAAGUGAUAACUUGAUAAGUCAACAGAAGAUUGUUCAAAUCUCGUUAUUUUAUUAUUUAUGACAGUUUUAAGCAUAAAUCAAUAUUGUAAAAUCUCCUUACAUUCAAAGUUUGAAUGAAUUUGAUCAUAUAGCGAUGUUUAAUUUUGUUCAUUGACGAAUAUAACUACUGAAUUUGCAUUAUUUUCCUUACGUUUACUAAGAUGUGAAAUUUAUCUAGUAAUAUAGCUUAUUCUGUUAUUUUAAGAUUCAAAAUCUCAAUAAUAAUCUCACUUUGUAGAUCAAUUUUCAUGAACAAAUUUUAUUAUGUUCAAAAAUUCUUGUUGCCAAUAAUUGAUCUUGAAUCUGGCAUUUCAAUUACGGUUUGGAUGUGGAAAAACAUGUUCUGUUACUUUAAAAAGAGUUUUGAAAUUGAGGAUCAUGAUCAAAUCCAAGUUCAAAAAAAUGUUUAUGUAUAAUUUGGAAAAGUCGAAAAAUACUAUGGUUUUGCAGCCCUUUUCAAGUACAAAUAAUAUUAAAUGAAUAUUGAAUUGUUCUAAACGUAUCAAUGUUUGCCAUUUUAUAUUUUGGAUACUUGUGUGCUAACUGCAAUAUCUUGUAGUGAAUUUUUUAAUUCUCUCUAUGCUUGCCUUUAGAUUUAAGAUCACUCUUAUUAACUAUUUUGAUAUGAAUUUGCAAUUAAAAUGAGACGGUAUUAAUUUUUAUUACUUGAGCGUUUGAUGUUGAAGGGUUUAGUCACAGUUGAGAAAGUUGUAAAAGUCAACUAAUUACUUGAAUUUAUAAGUUUUUUAUUUACAAACCAAUCUAUUACUGUAUUGUUAUAUUUCACUAUGUGACUUCCAUGUAUACUUUUACGGAGUUGGUCAAUGAAGUAUGGAUAGCAGUUACACUCAAUCAUUUUCAAACAAAACUCAAAUUUUUUCUUCCAGUAUUUCAAUGUUGUCAUUUUGAUAAUUAGAGAUGAAAAAAAUAGUGAAAUAUAUUACGUACCUUCGAAAUUCUUAAUUAUUUUUUAAUUUUAUGUUUUGGAAGCUUGCUUUAGUCUUCUCUGUUUCCUUGAAUUCAGGUAUAUCUCCUUCCUCCAUAUAUAAUUUUAUUACAUUAGUGUUAAAUAAUUGAAUUAAUAAUGAAAGCUUGAAAUAAAGAAUCGUAUUAGAUUUGGAUCAUAACUACGAAUCAUGCAUGUUCCCCUUACUUAUAGGAUUGUAUUUGGCAAAUAGAGCACAAUAUUUGUAGCUUCACAUUAUGCCCUUUCUCAAUAAAUGUGAUUGAAUGUGAUUGAAUGUGGAAAUUUAAAUUAAAUUUUAAAACAAAUUGACUAGCUUAAUGCACUGCUUUCUACUUUCAAAUCCAGCGAACAAUCUUUGUAAGAGUCUUGGAGGUUGUGUUACUUUUUUAAAUACUGUAUAGGUGCUAGUACAUUAGUAAUUUCUUAUCAUGUUUGAGACCUGACUCAUUCUAUGAUGUUGAAGCACUUUAAAUUUUAUUAGAGCUAGAAUAAAUGUAUUAAUUAUAUACACAAUCGUAUUCAUGUAAAUACUCUUAUCUAUAUGCUACAAAAGUACUACGGUAAGUAUUUAUGUAUCUUGCCUAAGAGUCACAGCCAAUACUAAACUAUUGUAAAAUCAAUUUAGUUUCAUGGAGAUAAUUUAUGUAAUCCAUGUUUUAUGAGAGAUGAAAUGUUAGAAAUAUCAUCAACUUUCAUUGCACAUUAUUAUUGGGGAAUAAUCGUGUGUUUACAAUCGUACAUCACAUUUUUGUAACUAAAAUUUUCUAUCAUUAUUUUACUCUUGUGCUUCGUAAAUGCUGGUAGGUUCUAUCUCUGUACUCCCUUUAUUGAAAUUCACUUUCAAAUGUCAGGUUUCAGCGUACGCUGGAUCCCAUUCAACUUAUUCUGACAGUUCAAAGUAAAUUCAUUAGUGAUGGUUUAGAUAUAUUUGAAUUUAGAAAAAAAUCAUUUCUGAAUUCGUGAUUGAAAAGUACGGGUUGAUUUGAUAAAUAUUAACUAAUUAAAACCCAAUAUUUAUCAGUAAUAUUAAUGUUAGGGUUGCAAUGAUGUGCAAUUUUUAUGUGCAAGCAUUUUUAUACAUUUACUAAAAAUAGUACGUUUUUAUUGUAAUGUAAUAUUGUGUGGUAAAUACAUGAUGGUUGAUUGAGGAUGGAAAACAAACAUUAAUGUAGCAAUUAUUCUGGUUGAAAAAUUUGAAGAUGGAUAAGUUGAUUAAUUUAGUUGAUGCGCUUAGUUGAAGCUACUCUAUUUAUUUACAAAUAGGCUGUCUCAUUAUUAUGCACAAAACUUUUCAUCUAUAGUGAUCCACUACCUCCGUAAACAAAGCCAUAGUGCAUUCGUGUGACGUCAGCACAGGUAGGGCUUCUACACCAAUAAAAAUUCGUUAAUUUCAGCUGAUCUAUAUCAGCUAGUGUUUUUAUUGGUGCAGGAUCCCUACCUGUGCUGACGUCACACAAAUGCACUAUGUACGGCUUUGUUUACGGAGGUAGUGAGUGAUCUUCACAUUUAACGUCAACAUUGAUGUUUUGUAUGAAUUUCGAGUGAAUAAAUUUGAAUUUAAAUUUUGAUGUUAUUUAAGCUGACAGUUUUAAGUAAAUCUCACUAUACUAUGAAAUCCACUGCUUUCAUUGAUGUAUGUUUUGUUGAGAUGAAUGAAUUGGAACAAAAUACUUGAACAACUCAUUAUUUAUAUUACUUUUCAAUAUUUUUUCGAGUAAAUCUCUACUUUCAAUGCAACUUUAUAUUUAUUUGAGUUGGUGUUAUCUUUCUGUACAAUACAGUAUAGUUUGAGUAAAUCAUUGUAUUCUUUUAGGCAAA